AUGUCAAGUGUAGAAACUAAAGAAUUGGAGUUUGUCCAGGAAAAGCAUGUCAAAUAUAUACAAGAUUUAGAUUCGGAAUCAACAAAACAAACUUUUGAAUAUUGGUUACUGGAACAUUUGAGAAUGAACGGGCUCUAUUGGGGUGUUACUGCGUUAGGUAUAAUGAAUCUGUUGGAUGCAUUGCCAAAAGACGGAGUCAUCCAGUUUGUAUUAAGCUGUUGGGAUGCCAAAGUGGGUGGAUUUGGAGCAUACCCUAAACAUGAUGCUCAUAUUUUGUCAACAUUAUCAGCAAUCCAAAUCUUAGCGAUUUACGACAGCUUAGAUGUUUUAGAUACACAUCAAAGAGGACAGUUGGUCAAGUUUAUAAGAGGAUUACAAUUGCCCGAUGGAUGCUUUCAGGGAGAUUUGUUUGGGGAAACAGAUACUCGUUUCGUGUAUACUGCUAUACAAGCAUUGGCCAUUCUAGGAGAAUUGAGUCAAGAAGUGAUUGAUCCUGCUGUCGAGUUUAUAAUGAAAUGUGAAAACUUUGACGGAGCAUUCGGAAUGUUACCGGGAGCAGAGAGUCAUGCUGCCCAAGUAUUCACAUGUUUGGGUACUUUGGCAAUAACAAAUAGUCUACACUUGGUCAAUGAAGUAAAACUAGGCAAUUGGUUGAGCGAGAGACAAGUGUUACCAAGCGGAGGGUUUAAUGGAAGACCAGAAAAAUUGCCAGAUGUAUGUUAUAGUUGGUGGGUAUUAUCAUCGUUAUCAAUUCUCGGUAAAAAGCACUGGAUUGAUGCCGGCAAACUAGAACACUACAUUUUAACAUGUCAAGAUCUUGAUAAAGGUGGCAUAAGCGAUAGAGAAGACAAUCAAACUGAUGUAUUUCAUACCUGCUUUGGUAUCACCGGUCUCAGUUUAAUUGAGAGUAAAAAGUUCCCCUUCUGCAAAAUUGACCCCAUCUACUGCUUACCGACAACUGUUAGCGAGAAGCUCAAAAAAUGGCCGGUUGACUACCAAACAUAG